AUGGCCGAUCUAAAUGGACACUGCCCGUCGCCUUUCCUUCAAGAGACUCUCUUUCCUACCGACGGCGGGUUUAUCGACGGCCGCUAUUGCGAGAAAAUCACCCUCGCCAAUAGCACCUACUCCUGUUGUCUGCCAUGUCCGCUCGCUGAAUGGCGAUAUGAUACCGACCUUCAUUCCAAAAUCGACGUCGCCAGCUGGAUCAGUGUCGCCAUCCUGCCCCUCUGUAUAUUUCUCCUGAUCUCUUACGCUGUCCUGCCCGUCAAAUGGACUCACCGGCACUAUCUGAGUAUCUGCUUUACAAUCGGCAUCUGUUGCAUGGAGCUCGCCUUCAUCAUCCCCCUCGGUGCCAGGCCCGAACAAUGCCACAAUGCCAUCACCCCCAAUGAUAUGCAUUCCGAUCUUUCAUGCGCCUUCUCGGGCUCACUCUUGCUGUUCGGAGGCUGGAUGGUCGUGAUUUGGAGUUUCAUCCGUACUAUCGCAUUCCAUCUCCAAGUCUGUUGGGAGGUCGUCCUGGGACCUAAGUUCAUGUGGGUGGCGUUCGUCUGCGGCUUCGGCAUCCCCGCCGUGGGAUUGACAGUGAUGCUCGUCCUCACGGGGGUCUCAUUCAGAUUCGGCGAGAUCUGCCACAUCAACGUGACCAAUGCCCUGUACGAUUACUGGAUUCCGAUCAUGAUUUUCGCUGCGAUAGCCCUCUUCCUGCAAGUCUCGACCAUGAUCUACUGCACCCAUAUCUAUGUCCGCUCUCUCUUCGACAAAUCUGCCUCUACAACAGGUAGUUCCGGUCUUCCCUCUUACACAGCUAGUGUGCGCACCGUGACGGCCCGACAAGCCUACCGGCGUGUGCGCCGUGUUCUACAACUCCAAUGGCGCGGCGUUGCUCUCGUCUGUAUCAUUAUCGCCAACGUGAUCUUCUUUGCCGUGGUUUUCAUCAAACUCGACAAUGCAGUUGCCCCCACCGCCAGGAACGUCAAACAAGCCACUCCCUGGCUCAUGUGUCUCGCCACAACCGGAGGCGACAGAGAGGGGUGUCGCCAGUACGCCGAAGUCAUUGGUCCCAACGAAGGCACCCUACUAGCCGUCGUGAUUCUCCUAUCUCUAGUUGGUUUCUGGAACUUCAUCCUCUUUGCACGGCCCUCCAUGUUCGCCGGGUGGAUGGAGCUCCUUGGCCGCGGGGCCCGGCGGCGCAACGAAUUUGUCUCGGCCGAUGCCAAUAGCCGCUUUGUGGAUAACAAGGGCUUCGAGAUGCUGACCUCAACGGUCAAAUCGCCCGAUGCAUACAUGCGGUCGCCAAGCCCGUCGCAAAUGGAAGGACAGGGUCGCAGCCUCACUAGUGCAAGCCCGACAUUCGACCGCAAUGUCCAUCUCGGCCAUGAGGCCCGAUAUGUUCGUCCAUCCAUGAGUUUCUCCGGGCCUAGGCCGCCUAGCUCGUCCCAGGGUACGCGCGAAUGGGACCCCUCGUCCACAUUUGCCCCGGCUUAUGGGCGAGAACGAGAGUAA